AUGGAAAAUUUAGACCAAGAUUCAAUUUCUUUAAGACCAGUAUAUAAUCUAAUCGAAUUGGGAUUAGAAGAAUAUAAAGAUAAUGAAUUGGUUCUUGAUACCGUUCAUGAUUUAAUGCAAUUUUUUGAACAAUCAAAUUGCACAUCAAUGCAAGAACAUUUAAAGAAUGAAGGUAUAACAGAAAGAAUUCAUGGGAAUACUGGUCAUGUACCUAAAAUAAAAAGUAAAGUAUUUCUUAAUUUUAGUAUUACAUUUCUGGUUAAACAUUUUUUAGAACAAUAUGGAACUAUUAAUGGACUUCCGUCUCCAAUAAGACAUAAAAAUGAAUCUGAGCCAUUUAUUUAUCUAUCUACUGGAAGCACUUAUGUUUCUGUUUACGAUGAAUUUAAGAAAUAUUUUUAUAACGAAAAUAAUCAAGAUGAAAAAAUUAUCUCUUACUUUACUUUUAGAAAACUCUAG